AUGGCAAGGAAGGUAUUUGCUAUUGCCCUUGUUCUCCUCCUUUCCAUUAGCCUAUCCAAUGCCACAAGAGUACUUAGAUAUAGUGGUGGGGGAGGUGGUGGUGACGGGGGAGGCGGAGGGGGUGGUGGCAGCAAUGGUAGUGGAAGUGGAUCAGGGUAUGGAUAUGAUUAUGGUAAAGGAGGUGGAGGAGGUGGUGGAGGUGGUGGUGGAGGUGGUAGUGAUAGCGGAAGUGGGUCAGGUUAUGGAUAUGGUUAUGGUCAAGGAAAUGGUAGAGCAAAAAGACAAGGAGGCGGUGGUGGAGGAGGAGGGGGUGGAGGUGGAAGUGGACAAGGCAGUGGAUCUGGAUAUGGAUAUGGUUAUGGUCAGGGUGGUGAAGGAGGGGGUGGUGGGGGUGGGGGUGGAGGUGGAGGCGGAGGCGGAGGCGGAGGUGGAGGUGGUGGCUCAGACAAUGGCGGACGGCGCGGAUAG